AUGCCAACCGCCUCGGAGCCUCUCGUUCGGAUCACAGAUCGCCCUGAGAUGAAGCACCAGACCCUGCAUUUUCGGAUUGUGGAGGAUAGCACGUGUCUCGACUCUUUUAAUAGCAAAAGAAAGAUUGACUUUCAAGGCGCACGACGGAUGAGCCGAAUCCAGGGAUGCGAUGUCGCGGGGCUCUGCCCGGUGGGGGAGAGCCGAGACAUGGCCAGUGGCCACACCUGCGCGGCCGGAAUGGCGGCGGGCAACGGAGAUGAUUUGGUCUGGAACCUGCCGCGGAAGCAGCUUCUUCACCGGCAAACGGCAAAAGGCAUGGCGACCGACCAGGCCUUUGGCGGCAGCUCCGAGCUGUCGCCAUAUUCACGCACUGAUAUCGAAUCACAAACAUGA